AUGAAUGUCGCUAACAAGGUGGCUGGACGACUUACGCAGAUCGGUUUUGUUUCUUCGUCAUGGUCGAAGCUCAACAGCCUCUACGUAAAGUAUCUCAAAAAUACCGUCGAAAAGUCUGCUCCAAAACUGCGUCAGUUUCAGCAGUAUGCAAGGACAGAGCUGGUUUUCCCGUCGUUGAGGGAAAUCCCUCAGAUAAAAAAUGACGCGGUGAAGUUGUACGCAUUUUUGAACAAAGAAACUUUGAUGAACCUAACCGUUAGGGAGUCGGUUUUGUAUUCGUGUAUCGGUUUGGAAAUUCUUAUGUGGUUUUUCGUUGGUGAAAUCAUCGGCAGACGGCACUUGUUCGGCUACUACAUCACGCCAUCGUUUAAAGUGCCGAAAAUCGACAGGUUUUAUGAAUGGGAUGAGAGCGUCAUCAAGACUGAAGAACCGAAAUAA